AUGUCUGCACUUAUGCGUCGCCAGGACCACCACGACGGUGGUGAUGCCGGAGGAGGCUGGAUUUCGAGCUCUCCUGAUGGGUCUCACCGCCGAGCAAAGGGCACUUAUCGGGCGAUUGUUGGUGGAGAUAGACGGCCCAAGAGAGCCCCGGUGCCCGUGACCGUGAAAGUCGAGCCGGGUGCUGAACAAGCCGACGCCUCUGAGAAGGCAAAGGACCCCGUCAAGGGCAAACUCAGCAACCUGGUAACACAAUGCAAGAAUGCAGUGAAGAAGUUGGAGGAUCACGACAGCGGCAAAGCAACUCUCAGCGAAGAGGAAGUCGGCAAGCUCAGAAGCAAGAAGAAAUUCUACGACGACUAUUGCCAAUUGCCUCGGAAUGCCACCGAGCAAAGGAUGCAAAUGCUCUCCUCCUGGGAGCAAGACAAGACAGGGAAGAUGUGGGCCGAGAAGAUCCAGUCCCUGGAGAACGACAAGGCGACCACCGCCAGCAAUGUGGGUGGGUUCUUGUCUCGUUGGGAGAUCGCCGACCAGGAGAACCUGAACCUUCAGAUCCCCGAGCAGAAGAAGCUUUGGGAGUCCAUCCUCGAGGAAAUCCCCUAUGAUGAGGACUGGAACCAAGAGGAUAAUCGUGAGCGAGCCCUUGCAAAAGCCGGGGAACGUCGCUACCACUACGGCAAAACCAAGAUGACAACGACAACGGACACAGUUCGUCACAAAGAGACGAUGCAGGCCGGGUACAACCUGAACGACAAGGAGAAGAAGCAGGCCCUGCAGGACAGCCCCAAUCAGCCUUCAAUCGAGGUCCGGGAUCCCCUUUUGGUUGCCUUGAGGCAAGAGCUGCAGACCAUGAACUCCGGGAAAAAGGCUGUCGAGAGAAACCUGAGCACGAUCAAGGAUCUCCAGGUUUUCGCGAACACUAAGGGCCUGAGCAAGAUGAAAGAUGCUGCCGCAGAUGCCCUCACACCACUCGACGAAUUCCUGGUCACCUUGAGGGAGGACUUUGCAAAGCUCGAUGCCCUGGACGUCGGGAGCGAGGAGUCGGUCCAGCAGGCCAAGGACAUUAACAUGCAGGCAGGUGUGCACGUGGAUGCUGCUGGAGUUGAAGACGAUGAACGAGUGAAGGCAGUACUAGGUCUUGCUUAUAAGGAGUGGGUGCCACUGUGGCUUCCCCAUGAGCUGCUGCAUGCACUGGAUUCCAAGGCUGCCGGCUUAAACACCAUGAGGGAUUUAAGCUGCAUGGAGCCGGGCGAGGUGGCUCUGCUCCGCCAGUGCUGUGAGAAGGCUGGUUUGGAAGAGGGCUCUGCAGUGGCCCUGGGGAUUUGGGGCGAUGGGGUUCCGAUCACUCGUGAUCGUACCCAGUCGGCGGAAGUCUUAUCCCUCAACAUUCUCAGCCACUCUCAGCGAGGUGCAUUGCGAUUUCCCUUAGCCUUGAUGCAAAAGCAUUUGAUGUUGAAGGAGUUCACAUGGGAUGCUGUCCUGUCGAUCAUGGCCUGGUCCUUCGCUUUUCUCGCAGCAGGCAUUUCGCCAUCGAGUCGCCACGAUGGGACGGCAUGGUUGCCUAGCGACAAAGCAAGGAGGGCACGAAGCGGAUUGCAACUACCCAGGGCAUUCCUGAUUCAAGUCCGAGGCGACUGGGCCUUCUACAAGCAGACGUUGUACAUGCCGGCCUGGAACAGGAAAGAUGGCUGCUGCUGGUUGUGCAACAUCAAGCCCUCCGAGCUGCAUAUGGUGGCUCCUAACUCUCCCUGGAUGCACAAUCGCAAGUCGCACUGGGAUGCCGUGUGCGAGAUGCCCAGGAAGAGCCCUCUGCUGGGUUCUCCUUUUUUUUCGCUGGCAAUGUGCCAGCUCGAUUGGCUCCACAUAGUGGACAUCGGGGUGGCCCUCGAGUUUCAAGGAAGCUUAUUUCACUACGUGUGCUUGAAGAAACUGCGAGGCAACCUGCAAGUGGCAUGCCGUGAGGUGUUUUUCAUGAUCAAGGAAUAUUAUUCCGCCAACAAUGUCGGAAGCCAGUUGGGCGAACUGAAGCCCACUAUGCUCAAGGGUAAAGGAAAACCAUACCCAAAGCUUCGGGCGAAAGCGGCGGAGAGCCGAGCAUUGGUGCCGUUCAGCGAGAUCCUGGCCCAGGCCGUGCUAGUCCCCGAAGAGCCCUUCGACAACAUGCUCAUGAAAGCUGCCAGCUCCUUCGCUCGCUGCUACGAUCAGCUUUCCAAGGACUCCUUUCAGCCGGCCACUUUGGCACAGGAGGCCUUCGAAUUCGCUUCGAGAUACGUGGAUCUCAACAAGGAGGCGGAGAGACUAGGCAUGAAGCUUUUCAAAAUUAAGCCUAAGUUGCACAUGUUUUUGGAAUUCUCUUACUGCUGCACCUGCUCUCCUUCAGCGAACUGGUGCUACAGGGAUGAGGAUUUUGCUGGCAAGGUUGCAAUGGCAGCUUUUCCGCGAGGCGGUGCCAACACCGUGCGAGCACUGGCAGAGUCUUACUUCUUACGCUGGAAAUCCAUGUAUGCAGUUCCAGAAUUGUGCUGA